GAAAGCAACAUCAGCGGGGAGACGUGCAAAUGAGACUCCAGCCUCUUUUCAGCUCCUCCACAAGCGGCAUCCACAAUGGGGGACGGACUCUCCUCUAUGGAUUGUCAUAAUAAUAAGACAACUGCCAUAAUAUUUGUCAAUUCUGCAAACGGGGUAAGUCCAAACCUACCUCAUCAGCAAGACUUCUCUGAACAGUGGGUGAUAGGCAUGGGCACAGUCAUGGCAGUCAUCGUCCUGAUCAUUGUGCUGGGCAACCUGCUGGUGGUGUAUGCCAUAGCUAAGAACCAACGGCUCCAGACCCUAACCAAUGUUUUCAUUGUAUCUCUGGCCUGUGCAGAUCUGAUUAUGGGUCUCCUAGUGGUCCCACUCGGCGCGACAAUUGUGGUGCGAGGUAAAUGGCUGUACGGCUCAGUUUUCUGCGAGAUGUGGACUUCUGUUGACGUGCUGUGUGUGACAGCCAGCAUUGGGACACUGUGCGUGAUCGCCAUAGACCGUUACAUCGCCAUAAUCUCGCCCUUCCGUUACCAGAGCUUGCUCACCAAAACCAGGGCGCGAGUGAUCGUGUGCGUGGUCUGGGCCAUUUCUGCUCUCAUCUCCUUGCUCCCCAUCAUGAUGCAGUGGUGGCGAGAUGACGGCCCCGAUGCCAUUCGCUGUUACAAUGACCCAUGCUGCUGCGACUUCGUAACCAAUAAAGCCUACGCGGUUGCCUCGUCCAUUGUUUCUUUCUACUUGCCCCUGCUGAUCAUGAUCUUCGUCUAUGCUCGCGUCUUUCAAGAAGCCAAGAAGCAGAUGAAGAAGAUCGACAAGUGCGAGGGAAGAUUUUACACCAACCACUUCAUCCCAAACGGCAGGGCAGGCCGAAGGAGACCUUCCAGGAUUAUAGCCAUCAGGGACCACAAGGCUUUAAAGACCUUGGGGAUUAUUAUGGGGACGUUUACCCUUUGCUGGUUGCCAUUCUUUGUGGCAAAUGUGGUGAAGGCCUUCCGCCCUGACAUAAUCCCUGGCAAACUCUUUCUGUUUCUUAACUGGCUCGGCUACGUCAACUCAGCUUUCAAUCCCAUCAUUUACUGCAAAAGUCCCGACUUCAGAGCGGCCUUUAAAAGGUUACUUUUCUGCCCCAGCGCCGCGGACAGCAGACUGUAUUCGGGCUCUGGGGAACUGUCCCGCUGCUCGGGAAUGUUUGGCAGUACGCUGGAUCCCAGCACUCUAGAGAAUUGGACAGAGUGGAGCAGGACGCGGGAAAGCAAUGGGGCCGAUGGGAGCUCUCUGAAGGACAACCUCCGGCAGGAAGAUGAAGAGUCACAGUUCUAGCAGCCCCAACCGAAAAUGCGCACCUAAUGCGGUCUGUGAGGUUAAAGCAGGUUCGAAGGACUGGAAGCCACGUGGCUGGAGAGGUGUCAUCUGCUGUGUAUUUCUGUACGCGUCAGAUCAUUGUAAAAACCACCGAGCUUUCGCGGCAAGAUUUCUCCAUAAGCGUUCGCCUCUAGCAAUAUGGGAGAAGACUACUUCAUAUCAACACUAAGAUUUGGACCAGGGUAGGGAAUACAGCAUUCUCAGGCGGGGCAGGCACUGGCGAUGAAUGGGAUAAUCGGGGCAGUAAAGGAACGAACUGUGAGGCUGACUUAGUUUGCAGUUGAAAUGGUUUUGCUCUGUUUACAUUGCAUUCCACAAGUGAAGAGAUUUCAGAUAACGCAGAACGUGGGGCCCCUGGAUUUUCACUUCGAUUGCCUUAAUAGAGAUGGUCGUGGCACUUUGGCGAGGAACAACAAUACUGUACUUUUAUCGUGAUAUUGUUACUGAACACUUUAUAAUAUGUGUAACGGAGCAACCAUGAUCUUUAGGGGAAAAACACUUGACCACAGUGGCUAUACUUUCUAAACAGACUUAAAGAUUUUUUAAAAGAACCAUUCAUUAUCUUGCAGUACUCUAUGAUUCCCCCCAACUUCACCUUUACUAUCGUGCUGUGUGAGCUUUGGAAUUAUCGAUGUUCAAGAAUGUGCUACCAAAUUCAUGAGAUCGUUGAUGUAGUGGAACAAUCCAGUGUCGACAAACUGGAGCACCUGGAGGAGACCCAUGCAGUCACGGCAAGAACAUACAAAUCUUACAGAAAGCAGUGGGAACUGAACCCAGGUCACUGGUAUUGUAAGGCAUUGUGCUAAUCACUACUCUACCAUGCCACCCCAUUGUCUUUCAGAGAUCAUUGAUGUAGUGGAACGAUCCGGUGUUACCUGUUGUUGCCAUGUCUUCUCAGUUUAUAGCAUCACGUUAAAGAUUCACAACUAUCUCAGUAACUUCCCCACUGAAGGGUUUUUUUUUAAGAUAUACUCACCUUCUGUCUGAAGUUGGUUACAAAUUACUGUUAAAGAUGGCUGAAAGGUAUUAUAUUGAGCAACUUGAUUUCUCAAGUGCUUCAGUAUCAGGAAUUUUAAUUCUAACUUCUUAUGUUAGAGUGAAAAGAGUUGUUAUGUAGACAUGCCAGUUGCAGGCUAACAAAAGCUCGAUGGCAAUAAGAAGCAUGCUCAAAAUAGACCCAACCCUGUGUCAGAGUUCAAUGCAUUAUUAUUAUUAUUAGUCAAUACCAACUGAUGAACUAUGCCAGUUGUCUUUCCAACUGGAGAAUUUAGCUUAUUAAUCUACAGUAGCAUUGCAGUUAGCACCACACUAUUACAGUCCAGGGCUUCGGAGUUCAAUUCUGGCGUCAUCAGUAAGCAGCCUGUAUGUCCUCCUCGUGGAAUGUGUGGCUUUUCUCUGAGUGCUCCAAUUUACUCCCACAGUCCAAAGACGUACUGGCCAGUAGGCUAACUGGUCAUAGUAAAUUGUCCUGUAACUAGGCUAGGGUUAAAUUGGGAGUUGCUGGGUGGCGUGGAUCCAACAGCCCAUUCCGCGUUGUCUCUCUAAAUUAAACAAACUUCACUUACUACCUAAGUAGCUGGAUAUGUGCUCAAUUUGUAAUAUGUUGUCAGCUAUUGGAACAAUAAGACCUACAGCUUAUCACUGUUUUCUUUUAAAAUAGCGGAGAAUAGGAUAUUACACAUAGGACUAAGUAAUUAAUAAACACUAUAGAUUUUAAAACUAUGAGAUGAAAUACCACUGUGUUGGACUGUAGCUAAAGAAGAAUAAAUGUCAGACAGCACGGGGGAGCGGGGCGGGGGGGGGGGCACCAGCAUACUCUAGCAAUUAUAAGGACACAUAAAAUUGAAGAGAUUAAAAUUCUUGGUAAGCUCUAUAAUUGUUACAUCAAGAUAUUUUCCCUGUCAUUUGCGUUUCAUCUGUGUUAUUUCACAAAAGCUGAUUUAUGGAAAUUGCACUGACUUCAAUAAACAUAUCUAACAAUUACUUGCAAUUUUAAAACAAUGACCUAUGCAAAUAAAUUAUCUGCUAUACUGAGGAGAUAAAUUCUCUUAUCUUGUAUUAGUACAACAGAAUAAUGUUAGCAUCUACUAUGUUGAGUUACCCUUUUCUCCCACCACUAGGCAAUCAAAGCAUUCUCUUGGUUUCUGUAUAUUGCUUUUUUUUGUUCAAAGUACCUAAUUUGAAGUCAGUAAAGUGAUGUCUCUAUUAAAAGCUCCAUACUUAGUUUGUCAAUGAUCUUGAGUACAGGAUAAUAUUUCUACCAAUGGAUGCAAGAGACACAAUCUAAGUUGGCUGAUUAACCUUCUACUCUCUUUAUUGCAAAAAACAGAGCUCUUGAUCUGUAUUUUCAACAAAAGCUUGUCUCUUCUCAUAUAAAAUGAUCAAAACAAAAUGAUUGAGUAUACUUCCUGAAUAUUCACUGGAAUUUGUUUAAAUUAUGCUUACAAUGAACAUACAUCUCAGGGCCUGGAUUCAUUCUGUAAUUGUACUGUUCUGUUUGAAUUCAGUAACAAACUAUUUCUUCAGUGUAGACUGCAAGCCUGUCUUGUUUUUCCACUAACUAAACUUUCAACUGGUUACUGUACAGCUGGAUAUUUGACCUCGUAUUAGUACUCAGUACACAAGAACUCAAGGUACACUUUUUUCAAGAUUUACUGAAAACUGAAUAUAACUUCCCUGCCUUCUGUAAAGGUUUAUGUUACAGAAUGGUUCAGAAAAUUUAGUUUGUAUGUUUAGGAGGUGAAGGGGUUGAGAGCUGACAUAGUUGAUAUGUUCGACAUGGUAAACAGACUCAAUAGAUAGACAAACAGAAAUAAUUCUUCAUGAAAAGAAGAAUUCAGUAAAAGGAUUACAAACAAAAGAGAAUCUGCAGAUGCUGGAAAUCCAAGCAACAGGUCUCAGCCCGAAACAUCAACUAUACUGUUUUCCAUAGGUGCUGAGUUCCUGCAGCAUUUUGUGUGUGUUGCCAAUAAAAGGAUCAUUUCAGCAUGAAAGAUUCACAGGUACUGAUGAUUUAGGAUGCACUGUGUCACACAAAAGACACUAGAAAAGUGAAGCUCCCCACUCAGUAAGCAUUGGAUGAUAUGUCAUGUAACAUUUUCAACAUCGUAAAUGAUAGAUUUAUUAGGUAAGUGCAUCACAAGAAACAGAAAAGACAGUUAGGUCAAGUAUGACUUGACAAAAGACAGGCCAUACCCUAGGGACUGAAUGGUCUAAUCUUGUUUAAAUUUAGAUUAUUUUAAAAUACAUGUUGGUCAUUAAACAUUAAAGAAAAUUAUAAUUCUUUGAUGAUUCAAACGCUGGCAAUGUAAAGCACCCUGGACAUAUUUUCAUUUGAACUAUUUGGAUUAUCUAUUGAAACAUGAAAGCAACUGCAAACUUCAAAUUAUCUUUUUGUUUCAGAUGUUUCAUUUAUAAUGCAAUCUAGCAAUAAGCUCCAUUAGAAUAGUGGCUUAAUGCACGUUAUUGAAAUCUAAAUGGUGUUCUGAACAAAGUUCUUUCAAACUGCCUUAUACCAAAUGACAGUUACCUAUGAAAUUAAGCAGCUGAAUCAUUUUUGAUGAGUUUACUGUAGACACUAAGAUUACGCAAGUUUAAGGUGUGCCCCCUUGUCACUCUUGUUUCAACCUAAAGGAUUGUAAACAAUUUAACAUUAGGAAAAAAAAUGAAAACAGAACUAAAAACUUAAGGCUGAAAUACAUGAACAAAAUGUUACGAUUUGUUCAAUUUCUACUUUAAAAAAGACGUGAUUUUAAAAAAUGCUGGGAAAGAAAAGCAUCAGAAAAAGGAUUUAGUGCUUUCCCAGCGUGUAUGAGGAAUAAACUUCUCGGGCUUCCAGCCAGGUACAGGUAUCAAUAAUAACCGACGUUUCGAUGACAAACCUCCACCAUCUUCAUCAAGGAUGAUGCCCAGGCACGUCUCCUCCGGUGGUAUUAAUACCCCUGUAGCCCAUCCUCCUGAUUGGUUAGUUGAAUUCCAGUUCUUAGAGCGAGAACUUCAUCUUUGUUAAAAUUACUUUCCCCUAGUUUUACUUCAAUAGCAUUUUUUUUACCAGACUGUCCCAAAAGCCAUUGGCACAGCACGUUAGAUUUGUGCCAUGGAAGUCUAUCCUAUGGCCACUGUGAAUGCAAUGUUCUGCUGCCAAUUUCCUCAAGUAACCCAAACAGAUAUACUUCCUGUGCUUCUUGAUGCGGGUUUCCACUGUGCGUCUUGUCUGGACAAUAUACGCGCUCCGGAUUCACAGGGAAUCCUGUAAACUUCAGCUGGCCUGAGUCCUAGGUCAUCUUUGACCUACAUAAGCUGUGAACUGAGCUUCCUUACGGGUUUGUAGAAACACUGAAAACAUACAGCACAAUACAGGCCCUUCAGCCCACAAAGCUGUGCCCAACAUGUCCCUACCUUAGAACUACCUAGGCUUUACCCAUAGCCCUCUAUUUUUCUAAGCUCCAUGUAGCCAUCCAGGAGUCUCUUUAAAGACCCCAUCGUCUCCGCCUCCACCACCAGCGCAGACAGCCCAUUCCACGUACUCACCACUCUCUGCGUAAAAAACUUAACCCCUGACAUCUCCUCUGUACCUACUUCCAAGCACCUUAAAACUAUGCCCCCUCGUGCUAGCCAUUUCAGCCCUGGGGAAAAGCCUCUGACUAUCUACACGAUCAAUGCCUCUCAUUAUCUUGUACACUUCUAUCAGGUCACCUCUCAACCUCCGUUGCUCCAAGGAGAAAAGGCCGAGUUCAUUCAACCUAUUCUCAUAAGGCAUGCUCCCCAAUCCAGGCAACAUCCUUGUAGAUCUCCUCUGCAACCUUUCUAUGGUUUUCACGUCCUUCCUAUGGUGAGGCGACCAGAAUUGAACACAGAACUCCAAGUGGGGACUGACCAGGGUCCUAUAUAGCUGCAACAUUACCUCUUGGCUCUUAAUCUCAAUCCCACAAUUGAUGAAGGCCAAUGCACCUUCUUAACCACAGAGUCAACCUGCGUAGCAGCUUUGAGCGUCCUAUGGACUCGGACCCCAAGAUCCCACUGAUCCUCCACACUGCCAAGAGUCUUACCAUUAAUACUAAAUUCUGCCAUUAUAUUUGACCUACCAAAAUGAACCACCUCACACUUAUCUGGGUUGAACUCCAUCUGCCACUUCCCAGCCCAAUUUUGCAUCCUAUCAAUGUUCCGUUGUAACCUCUGACAGCCCUCCACACUAUCCGCAACACCCCCAACCUUUGUGUCAUCAACAAAUUUACUAACCCAUCCCUCCACUUCCUCAUCCAAGUCAUUUAUAAAAAUCACUAAAAGUAGGGGUCCCAGAACAGAUUCCUGAGACACACCACUGGCCACCAACCUCCAUGCAGAAUAUGACCCGUCUACAACCACUCUUUGUCUUCUGUGGGCAAGACAGUUCUGGAUCCACAAAGCAAUGUCCCCUUGGAUCCCAUACCUCCUUACUUUCUCAAUAAGCCUUGCAUGGGGUACCUUAUCAAAUACCUUGCUGAAAUCCAUAUACGUACACUACAUCUACAGCUCUACCUUCAUCAAUGUGCUUAGUCACAUCCUCAAAAAAUUCAAUCAGGCUCGUAAGGCACGACCUGCCUUUGACAAAGCCAUGCUGACUAUUCCUAAUCAUAUUAUACCUCUCCAAAUGUUCAUAUAUCCUUCCUCUCAGGAUAUUCUCCAUCAAUUUACCAACCACUGAAGUAAGACUCACUGGCCUAUAAUUUCCUGGGGUAUCCCUACUCUAUUUCUUGAAUAAGGGAACAACAUCUGCAACCCUCCAAUCCACCAGAACCUCUCCCAUCCUCAUUAAUCAUGCAAAGAUCAUUGCCAGAGGCUCAGCAAUCUCCUCCCUCGCUUCCCACAGUAGCCUGGGGUACAUCCCAUCCGGUCCCGGUGACUUAUCUAACUUGAUGCUUUCCAAAAGCUCCUGCACAUCCCCUUUCUUAAUAUCUACAUUCUCAAGCUUUUCAGUCCACUGCAAGUCAUCCCUACAAUCGCCAAGAUCCUUUUCCGUAGUGAAUACUUAAGCAAAAUAUUCAUUAAGUACCUCUGCUAUUUCCUCCAGUUCCAUACACAUUUUUCUAUUGUCACACUUGAUUGGUCCUAUUAUCUCACGUCUUAUCCUCUUGCUCUUCGCGUACUUGUAAAAUUGCCUUGGGGCUUUCCUUAAUCCUGUCCACCAAGGCCUUCACAUGGCCCCUUCUGGCUCUCCUAAUUUUAUUCUUAAACUCCUUCCUGCUAGCCUUAUAAUCUUGUAGAUUCAUAUCAUAACUUAGUUUUUUGAACCCUUCAUAAGCUCUUCUUUUCUUCUUGACUAGCGUAAGGGUUUCUUCUUUUAUGUUACUGCUAAGGUGAAUAAAACGGCAUCUCUGUACUGUUAACUGCUGAGACAGUGGUUCUCUAUAGCAGUAUGUUUGGAUUAUAAUUAGUGAUAACGGGAUUUGUAUUCAUUUGAUAACCAAUUGGGAUAGAUGUUAUUCUGUCUGUGUGAAAGCUGUUAAUUGCGUGGGCUUUGGGGAGAAGGUGCGAAGAGGAUGAAGAGAGAAGAGGUGGCUUGAUGAGACGGUUGCUGGACCCGCUGGGCUUGGGGUCAGAGCGGAAGCCCAGCGGUCGACGAUAAGCGAAGGAGGAUCAACGACAGGGAAUCCGUGAGCUCCAAUGUUUGUGCACUGGACAUGUUUAUGAGACUAUUGGCGCCUUUUAUUUGCUUUCCUUUUUUUUUGUUCUCUACUAACCCCACACUUAAAUAUAAAACCUUACUCGUUUAACCGCACAUUGUGGACUGAAUGUUAUUUCAGGGUACCGAUGUUACACAGUGGAUACGACAGACAGCAUCCACCCAAACUUGAUUAUUCAGUUUGGUGGGGCCAAAGGCUGCUCUCCCCAGAGGAAAGUGAGCUGAGCGAGCCUGAGGCUUACCGGGGGCUACACUAGAUUUACAAAAGACUCUGUACACCACGGAUCUUGUACCCUACCAUCCUUUCCAUCUCACUGGAACAUACUUACUCAGAACCCCACGCAAAUAUCUCCUUAACAUUUGCCACAUUUCUUCCAUAUGUUUCUCUGAGAACAUGUUUCCAAUUUAUGCUUCCAAGUUCCUGCCUGACAGCCUCGUAUUCCCCCUUACUUCAAUUAAACGUUUCCCUAACUUGUCUGUUCCUAUCCCUCUCCAACUCUAUGGUAAAGGAGACAGAAUUGUGAUCACUAUCUCCAAAAUGCUCUCCCACUGACAGACCUGACACCUAACUAGGUUCAUUUCCCAAUAUCAGAUCAAGUACAGCCUCUCUUCUUGUAGGCUUAUCUACAUAUUGUGUCAAGAAACCUUCCUGAACACACCUAACAAAGUCUACCCCAUCUAAACCCCUCACUCUAGGGAGAUGCCAAUCAAUACCUGGGAAAUUAAAAUCUCCCACCACAACAACCCUGUUAUUAUUACUCCUUUCCAGAAUCUGUCUCCCUAUCUGCUCCUCGAUGUCCCUGUUACUAUCGGGUGGUCUAAGAAAAACACCCAGUAGAGUUAUUGACCCCUAGAGUUCGUGGAUGGUAUUAAUCUAGUAUUCAUUCAGGAUCCUAGCGAUCCUUCCAAAAACCUUGGAAAUAUAGGGAAGACAGAUGGCAGCAAUGGGUUCCUCCUCAUUGUUAGGUUUCCUGGUUUUCCUGUUGGCCCUUUUAGGGCCCAAUUGAUUUCCUUCACCUUGUAGCCAUUUUGUAGGAACUUAAUGCAUAAUCCUAUUAUUUCCUCAGGGAGACUCUCCGGGUCCAAAAUGGUCUUCACGCGGUUUAUCAAAGUAGAAAGAACCGUUCUACAUUGGGAAGCGUGAUGGUGCCUGUUAUUAUCGAGGCAUAUGUCCGUGUGAGUGGGUUUCCAAAAGACGUCAUGUCCUUGGCUACUGUCUGGUUUCUGCUAUAUGAGAAUGUCCAGGAACAGAAGGCAACCAUUCAUCUCCAUCUCCAUUGUAAAUUGAAUGUUUGCAUGUAUAGUGGUUGUGGAACUGUUGGAGUGCCUGGAGUCCAUGAGCCCACACUACAAAGGUGUCAUCGACGUAUCUGAAGUAGCAUUUGAGGCCCAAAGGUGAUCAACUCAGAGUCCUCUCAAAGUCCUCCAUGUAGAAAUUAGCAAUAGCUGGCGACAAGGACGAUCCCAUGGCCACUCAUAGUAGUUCCCCUUACAGAGGAAGUAUGUCGAUGUAAGGGUAAGUUCAAAGAGGUCAGUGGUACCUUUAUCAAACCUUGACUGCAAGAGGACCAAGCUGUCCUUAAUGCGAUCUCUCAUGAACAGGAACACUAUGUCAAAUCUGGCCAUUAUACAAAAGGUGAUUGAUAAGUUCGUGGCCUAAGGUAGAAGGAGUCAAUUUUAGAAAACCUAGCACAUUUAUUUUUCAACAUAGUCCCCUCCUACAUUUACACACUUAGUCCAGCUGUCGUGGAGCAUACGGAUCUUGGACCUCCAGAAAGUGUCCAUAGCAGGGGUGACUGAUAAGCUCAUGGCCUAAUGUAGAAGGAGAUGAGUUAUACAGCUCUCGUUAUAUGCAGUUCAACUCUUUGAGUGAUUAUGCAGAAAGUUUGAGGUUAAUAACGCAUCAGUUAACUCAUCAGGGGUGAUUGAUAAGUUCGUGGCCUAAGGUAUAAGGAGAUGAGUUAUUAACUUCAAACUUUCUGCUUGUGCCCAGUAGCAAGUACGCUUUUUGUUUUGCCAGUGGGGGGAGGGGGGAUUGUUGCUCGCAGCUGCUUACGUGCGGGGGGGGGACUUUGGGGUUCUCACGUUUAACUGUCGUUCAUUCUUUGGGGCACUUCUCUAUUUUCGUGAAUGUUUUGAGAAGUAAAAGCAUUUCAGGAUGUAUAUUGUACACGUUUCUCUGAUAUUAAAUUGAACCUUUGAGAUGAAGACAGUGGAGUUUGUCAUUGAAACAUCAGUUAUUAUUCCUACCUUACCCAGCUGGAAGCCCAAGAAAAGUUAAGAAGCAUCAGAUUUCUAAAAACGUGAAGGAUGUUCAUUAUCUACAGCCCCAUUCAAAUUUAAUUGCUUUUACAGGAAACAAAAUAAAUAAUCAUGAUGUGCAAAUAUCAAGUUAGCUAUCAACUUUGUUUCAAACUAUGGAUUACAGCACAGAACGCCGUUAACCUUCCUUGCAAAUAUAUACUGAAGGAAUAAGAUAUUUUAGUCUAAUCCCUCCUUGUUAAUGCUGUUGUUCAUGUGAAAAAAAUCUGUUUCUAAUUCCAAAUCUGUCCCAAGGAAUAAUUCUUUCUCUAAUAUUAUUUGAAUAAAUGGUUACAAGUAAGUUCUUCUACAAUUGUUAAUUGUAAAAUAAAAAAUUGCUAGAAAUAGAGAAACUGAGGUCAUCAAACUGGGGUUGCCAUGGUAACGUAGUGGUCAGUGCGACACUAUUACAGUUCGAGGCGUCACAGAGUUCAAUUCCGACGUCAUCUGUAAGGAGUCUGUAUGUCCUCCCCAUGUGCACGUGGGUUUUCUCUGGGUCCUCCAGUUUCCUCCCACAGUCCAGAGACCUACUGGUUAGUCAGUUAAUUGGUCAUUGUAAACUGUCCCAUGAUUAGGCUAGGGUUAAAUCGGGGGUUGCUGGGUCGUGCGGCUUGAAGGGCCUAUUCCGCACAGUAUCUCAAUGAAUAAAUAAUUCAACAUGAAACAUUAACCUUCUCUGUAAUUGUAACAUUGGUGCAUUGUAUCUCCUCAACUUGUCCACAGCAUUUGAUACAGUUAGCCUCUUAUUCAAUCAUUGUUUGUACAUCUCUUGGAAAUUCCUCAGUGUGGAACUGUUAAUUGUUGAAUUGUUCCUACCCUCAAUUUCAAUGCAACUGAAUUUGGUGAAACAGAAACUAAUAAUAUUUCAAAAACAAAAUAAUUUCAAAAAAGAAAAAAGACAAGAAAAAUCAGAAUCUUAAUUGAAACCUGACUGUCCAAGUAUCUACUGAUUUCCAAGGCAGUAAAUAAAACAGAAGUCUUCCAAGACGUAACUACUUUUCACAAUCCCUUGUUUAAAAUAGCCUAAUGGGAUAGGUCCCAAAAAGUGAAGACUCUCUUUAACCUUAACUCUGUUAAGUAAAUUUGAUGAAAAACAAAGACUUCUUU